CAUAGUCUCUUCCUGUAUAGGUUGAUGGAAAGAUUAACGUUUGCCCCGUUCAACCUAGCUUUUCAAAUAUGCUAAAAUUAAGGUGACAUACUUCGGAAAAGGCUGGGAAUUAAUAUCCUUUUAUGCUAAAACACCUAUCUGAAAACGUAGUUUUAAAUUCUGACUCGAACGUUGGUGUUACCGAUAGCUUAGCUUCAUGUUAACGCUACCAAAGACUGGAAGAGUCUCUGUCGGCAGCUGGUAUUGCUGAUUAACUCAAAGCAGACGGAUAACUGGAUUACUGGACCGAAAGACACCAAUCUUUCCAAACCAUGUCGUGGUUCAGUCAUGUCGACCAAGCCUCAAUUCCGCAGCAACCACCGCAGCCCACUGACGGCUUCAGACUCAACCAUAACUCCGGGUUCAGAGGUCCGACGGAGGUAUCACCCUCCAUGGCUACACAACACUGGACCGGCUUCCACGGCACCCCCAGCCCGGAGGACUUCCCUUCGGCUCCACAGGGAGUAGUCAGCCCUCCAAGCCUUGAGAAACUGUCUUGCUCUUCACCUAGUACAGGUCAUAUGGGAGAACCGGUGCCAAUCUCCUAUGUAAGCCUCCAGGAGCAGAGGUGCGUCCUGAGCUGGUUCAAGGGCUGGACCGCCACCCAGAGGGAGCGAUUCCUGCAGGAUCUUCUGGGGAAAGCUGUGCCGGGGAAAGUCUGUACCCUCCUAGAUUCUCUCAGUACUCUUCAGGUUAAAGACAGACUACCAAACAUCUUUGAAUGCCAGCUGCGCCUGUGGACCCAGUGGUUCGAGUCUUGGGGAGAGGAGGAGAGGAACCAUUUUCUGCACAUGCUGGAGGAAUGGGACCCAGUUUUUGUCGCCCAUUUUUACAGAUGUGUAGCUGGAACAGCAGGGAGAGACUGAGCAUAGUUUACCCCAUGGUAGAAAUUCAAGAAAAUAAAACAAAAUGUGUUGAAGAGGAUAUAAGUUGUGGAUAAGGUGUGUUAAGUUUGAGAUAGUUCUCUCCAGAGAAAUGUUUGUGUUACUGAUGGACCAUAUUCACAUGGCAGCCAUGUUCCUGACGAUACAGUCAAAGUUGGACGGUCCAUUGCUUCUCUGAUGACCAACUACUGUGUGCCAGGUUUCAAGUCUUCUACUGCUUACAGAUCAGUGACUGAAAAACCAAUGUACUGUAAGUCAGCUGGGGUAUGGGCUGUAUUUCAAGUAAAGUCAAUACAUUUCAAAACAUAUUAACUACUAUAGACAAGAGAAAAUGUUGGCAUUCAACCACCUCUGAGCUAGCUCAGAGGCUAUCAGAUGUAAUUCCCUUCCUGUCAAAUCAAACAGUCAGGCUGUUACUAAAGCAUAUGUCUGUAUAUUAAUGUGGACAAUGAGUUUAAAGUUCCUUUUGUUAUACUGAGCGUCCCAUCGGAUUUUAACUCUUUAUUGUUUCUCAGUUGGUGAUUACUCUAAAUGUGGGGAUAUAAGAACGAUUUGUUUGUUUGAAAACUGCAGUAGUUUAGAUACUGAGGCAGAGUUUGGAAGCUUAAUUACGACCGUCAGCAUGUUACAAAUUCUUUCUGCAGUCAAAGAGGUGGCGUUAAUGCCUUAAGUCGCCUGGCAAGCAUCUACAAGGUGCCCAUCUGUCAGUCAGAUCAGCACUGCCAUAGUCAUACUAAGUCUUAGUCUUAUUACUACCAAAUAAGAUCAGUUAAUAAAAAAAAAAUCAUCCUGCAGAGUGUUUACAAAAGAAAAACUGACCAUUUUACUUUCCCCCUGGCUUUAAUCAUGUUUAUUUCUGCUGUGAAGAUGGUCAUUAGAUUUUUUUUAAGAUACAUUUUUGGGCUUUUUAUGCCUUUAUUCAGGAGGACUGUAGAUAGAGUUGGAAAUGGGGAUGAGAGAGUGGGGGAGAGACAUGUGGGAAAGGAGCCACUGGCUGAACUUGAACCCUGGCUGCCCUUAUACAUGGGGUGCGACCUAACCGCAAAGCCAUCUGUGCCCCAAAGAUGGCCUUUUUAUAUAGGUUUUAAUAGGGCAUCUAAAGCAAGUGGACACACACAAAAAAUGCAUUGUUUGUAGUUUUGCAUUGACUUCAUGUUGCAGCAUCUCAGCCCCUGACCCGACUGUGUCAGUUGAAAAAUAGUUGUCGUGUGAAAAUGGUCUAAGGGAAAUGUUGGAGUUUAAUAAUUUUGUUGUGAGAACGGAGGCGUGUGCUCAUAUAAGCUGUUUUUAUUCUGUUUUCUUCACUGGCCUCUCAAUGGCUAUGUCUUUCACUAUUCCACUUUUUAAAUAAAGUUAAAUCAUU